GAUGGCGGGACCGGUUGUCCCUCCCUUCGCCGCCGCUUCCGCAGCGCUGGGCCUGGUGCCGGCCCCGCGGAGGCCUCGCCCGGCCCGGCUGGGCCUUGCCGUGGCCGGGCGGGCCGCGGAGCCGCCAUGAAGCCGGUGGGAGAGGAGCCGGUGCUGCUGGCGGAGCUGAAGCCGGGCCGGCCCCAGCGCUACGACUGGAAAUCGAGCUGCGAGACCUGGAGCGUCGCCUUCUCCCCCGAUGGCGCCUGGUUCGCGUGGUCGCAGGGGCACUGCGUGGUGAAGCUGAUCCCGUGGCCGCUGCGGGAGCCCGAGCUCAGCUGUAAAGCCCCGGAGCGCAAGAGCCGCAGCAGCAAAGCGGAGGCCAGGAGCCGAGCGGUGGCCAAGGAGAAGACACUGGAGUGUGGUCAGAUCGUGUGGGGCUUGGCCUUCAGCGCCUGGCCGGCGGCAGAGGAGGGGGACACAGACCCUGCCUGCACCGUGGGGCUUCCCUGCCUCAUCCUGGCCACCGGGCUCAACGAUGGGCAGAUCAAGGUCUGGGAGGUGCAGACAGGACACCUCCUCUUCAGCCUCUUGGGGCACGAGGAUGUUGUCAGAGACCUGAGCUUCGCUCCCAAUGGAAGCCUCAUCCUUGUGUCAGCCUCGCGGGACAAGACCUUGCGCGUGUGGGACCUCAGCAGAGAUGGGCGGCAGGUCCAGGUGCUGUCGGGCCACGUGCAGUGGGUCUAUUGCUGCUCCAUCUCCCCAGACUGCAGCAUGCUCUGCUCCGCCGCCGGGGAGAAGUCGGCGCUGCUGUGGAGCAUGCGUUCCUACGCGCUGAUCCGGAGGCUGGAGGGGCACCAGAGCAGUGUGGUGUCCUGUGACUUCUCCCCGGACUCUGCUCUCCUUGUCACCGCCUCCUAUGACGCCUGUGUCAUCAUGUGGGACCCCUACACCGGGGAGCAGCUGAGGACACUGCGCCACGUCCCCCUGCACUCAGCGCUGGAUGACAGCAGCGAGGUCCACACCAGCUCCCUGCGCUCCGUCUGCUUCUCCCCUGAGGGCCUCUACCUAGCCACGGUGGCAGAUGACAGGCUCCUGAGGAUCUGGGCCUUGGAGCUGCGCUCUCCAGUUGCAUUUGCUCCCAUGACCAACGGCCUGUGCUGCAUGUACUUCCCACAGGGCGGUUUCAUUGCCACAGGGACCAGGGAUGGCCACGUCCAGUUCUGGACCACUCCAAGGGUACUCUCGUCACUGAAGCACUUGUGCCGCAAGGCUCUGCGCACCUUCCUCACAACGUACCAGGUCCUGGCGCUCCCCAUUCCCAGGAAGCUGAAGGAAUUCCUCACUUACCGGACCUUUUAAACCAGGGUGCAAUGUGGAUGCACGGAGGUGAGAGCCCUCUGCCUGGUGGCAGGGCUUGGCCAGGGUUGGAGGAGGCACCACACGACGACGUCUCGCUGAUGCCUGAGCCAUGGGGCAGGAUUGCUGCUGCCCUCCUUUUGGGGCUGCCUCGGGGAGUGUGGAGGGGUUUUUUGGUGUAAUAAUACUAGAGCCCAGCAAAAACGCAUGCAGAGAGCAAGGGACACGGUGUGGUGGGCCCUGCAGGGGACAUGGGUCCCACUGUCCCCCUGCUAUCUGCAAGUUAUGGGGUAGGUGCUUUUGCUUCCACGUGCAGUGUUGUGGGGUGAAGGUUUGCAGUCGGAGCAGAGCUUUUGGUGUUUGUGAGUUCAGGGCUACAACCACCCCUGGCAAAACUCAUCCUGAUGGGAUAAGCCUGUACAGUAGCUUAAUUCCCAGAGGAAUGUGGGCUGUGCUGCUCACCGGUCAGGCUGUGAGCUGGAAAAGCCCCACAGCUCCCCACAGACUCAGUGGCAGUGAUGACAGAAUAAAGAAUUGAUUCCACCCA